AUGUCACGGUUAUAUGUCAUAAAAGAAAUUGACCUUUCUAAACUUAAAAACCCAAAGAAUCGUAUAGAAGCAAGACGUGAAGUUGAAUUGUUAAAACAAUUAAAUUGGCCUGGAAUUGUCAAAUUUGUCGAAAGUUGGGAAGAUCAUAAUGGUCUCAUUACUAAUAAAUCUAAUAAAUCUAAUAAAUCCACCGAUUUUAUCAAUUCUUUACAAUACUCGAUCUCUCAAUAUAGUAACCGACCAGAAAGGAAACUUGUCCUCCCGCAAGAAUACCGGGUCUUAAAUAUUGUAACCGAAUACAUGGACGGUGGUAA